CUUUCCCACAGCUCAAAGCCACUGCCUUAUCCCCUUCCCCCCGUCUUCGUUUCCCUCCUUCCCCAACCUCUCUUCCUUUCUAUCCUGUAGAAAAAAAUGGCCUGCUCUUCCUCAAUUAUAGGAGUCUCUUCCAUAUACCAAACAAACCCUUCUUUGGAACAUUCAAGACGGCCCACUUCAACUCCUCCUUUGUCUCUCCCUUUUGGGCCUGAAAAAUCGGUUUUUUGUGGUCUCAAGGUUGCUGCCUCCAAUGGUCAGUUGCGUUCUGCUAAACAGAGCUCUGCUUCAAAUGGGAAUUCAUCACCAUUUGUUGCUUCUGCUGUGGUGACACCGAAUUCUUCGCUUCUUAGUGAGGAGGCCUUUAAGGGACUUGGCGGUGGGAGGUUUCGGGAGGAUUCUUUGGAGGCCAGUGAGACUGAGUAUGAGUCUCAAGAAGAGGAUUAUGAGGAUGAUGAUGAGGGUUUCGGUGAAGAUGAGGGUUUUGGUGAAGAUGAGGUUGUGGAUGAGAAUGAGCUUGAUAUUGCUAAGUUGGGUUUGCCACAAAAGCUUGUUCAGACGCUGGAGUCACGAGGGAUUACUCAGCUUUUCCCUAUUCAAAGAUCUGUUCUAACACCAGCUCUGCAAGGCCGUGAUAUAAUUGCUCGUGCAAAGACAGGAACUGGGAAGACAUUAGCUUUUGGAAUUCCAAUCAUCAAGCGACUUACCGAAGGUGAAGAAGAAAGAUUUUCUAAAAGACGGUCUGGACGGCUUCCCCGCGUUUUAGUCCUUGCACCGACUAGGGAGUUAGCCAAGCAAGUAGAGAAAGAAAUCAAAGAGUCUGCUCCAUAUCUGAACACUGUUUGUGUAUAUGGAGGAGUUUCUUAUAAUUCUCAGCAAAAUUCCCUUUCCCGUGGAGUGGACGUGGUGGUGGGAACUCCAGGAAGACUUAUUGAUCUAAUCAAUAAUGGUAGUUUAAAAUUGGGAGAAGUUGAGUACUUGGUCCUUGAUGAAGCCGACCAAAUGCUUGCUGUUGGAUUUGAAGAAGAUGUGGAGCUAAUUCUUGGAAAGCUUCCAUCACAGAGGCAGAGCAUGCUUUUUUCAGCAACCAUGCCUGGUUGGGUGAAAAAACUGGCUAGGAAGUAUUUGGAUAAUCCAUUGACGAUUGAUUUGGUUGGUGACGAGGAAGAAAAAUUGGCCGAAGGGAUAAAGCUGUUCGCAAUACCUACCACUGCCACCUCUAAGCGAACAAUUUUAAGUGACCUUAUUACGGUAUAUGCAAAGGGUGGAAAGACCAUUGUCUUUACUCAGACCAAGAAAGAUGCUGAUGAAGUUUCAUUAGCAUUAACAAACAGCAUUGCUUCUGAGGCACUGCAUGGAGAUAUAUCACAGCACCAGAGGGAAAGAACGCUAAAUAGUUUUAGGCAAGGGAAAUUUACUGUCCUGGUGGCCACUGAUGUAGCAUCCCGGGGUCUGGACAUACCCAAUGUAGAUUUGGUUAUUCAUUAUGAGUUGCCCAAUGAUCCUGAGACAUUUGUGCAUCGCUCUGGGCGCACGGGGCGAGCAGGAAAGGAAGGCAGAGCUAUUCUCAUGUUCACAAGCAGCCAGCGAAGAACAGUCAGAUCACUCGAGCAUGAUGUUGGUUGCAAAUUUGAUUUUAUUAGCCCACCAUCUAUUGAAGAGGUUUUGGAGUCAUCUGCCGAGCAAGUUGUGGCCACUCUUGGUGGAGUUCAUUCUGAAUCUAUAUCGUAUUUCACCCCAACUGCACAGAAGAUGAUGGAUGAACGGGGAGUAGAUGCUCUUGCUGCUGCACUAGCACACUUGAGUGGAUUCUCACAGCCUCCAUCAUCAAGAUCUCUUAUUACUCACGAACAGGGAUGGACUACAUUGCAGUUGAUCCGUGAUUCUGACGCUGCUCGAGGGUAUUUAACAAAUAGAUCAGUUACUGGGUUCCUUGCAAGUGUUUAUUCAGCAGCUGCAGAUGAGCUAGGAAAAAUUCACCUGAUUGCAGAUCCACAGGUUCAAGGAGCAGUUUUUGAUCUUCCCGAAGAGAUCGCAAAGGAACUUCUAAGCAUGGAGUUACCACCUGGAAACACUAUUUCCAAGAUCUCAAAAUUGCCAGCCCUGCAAGAUGAUGGUCCCCCCAGCGAUUUCUAUGGCAAGUUUUCAAACAGGGACCGCGGUUCACGUGGAGGAUUCAGGGAUAGGGGUUCCAGGUCUUCCAGAAGUUGGUCCAGCAGUCGAUUCUCCGAUGAUGAUAAUGACUUUAGGCGAGGUGGUCGCAGUGGCAGAAGCCAGAGUCGGUUCUCUGAUGGUGAUGAUGAUUUUAGGCGAGGGGGUCGGAGUGGCAAAAGUGAUUGGUUGAUUGGUGGUGAAAGACGAUCUAGCCGACCAUCUUUUGGUAACAAGGACAGAGGCUUUGGUGGCGCAUGCUUCAACUGUGGUCGGAGUGGUCAUAGGGCAUCAGAAUGCCCCACCAAGCAAGGUUAUUAACUAGGUGAUUGAUUCCUCGUGAAUUCAUCUAGCAUCUUUUGUGGGUGAAAGGCUGGGACAAAUUGGAUCACGAUGAAGACUGGAGCUCCUGUUCUCGUUGAUGGUUGUUCAGAAGGUCCUAAAUGUGGAACAAAUUGUUGGAUUUUGUGCCAGAGGAAGGUCUUACUAUUUCUUGCGUGUCCUCACUCGUUCCACCCACCAGCUCAGCUGGUCUCUCUUAUCCAGUUUCUGAGAGAUCCUCUCUCGUGCUAAUGUUGUUCGUUGCUUGCCCGCUUAUUAUUUAUGUUGCCCCAUAUUUAGGCAAACUAUUAAGAGCUAUGAUUUGCUCACAAUGAUGCCUGGCAUUUUCGUAGAAAAGACUAUUUCUAAUCCUAUUUAUAGUUUUUGCUGGAAUUGACAAGAUAUUACUUAACAGAUCAAUUCAAUUUUGAGGCUUUGAUGCUUGGAAAUCAGAUGUUGUAUUACUCAUUGUCACUAUCAUGUCAUUACUAAUACCAAAGGAAAUCUGUUGGCACAAUUUUUAUGUUCAAAUCAUGUUUACUAAUGUAAAAACAUCAUUCUGCUUACAGAUACGAUCUAAUUCGAUAUUCAGACUGAAAAUAUGGAAUUAGGAAUAACCUGAAAGAUGCUUAACGAUAUCAAAAUCAAGGAUUUUUUAGUGUUACGGAUGAUUCCUAGUAUUGACAGCAAUCACUACCCUCCAUAGAGUAUGCUCAUAAUUGUGUUUAGAUGUGCCCUCUUAUUCUUCACAGCUUCCCUAACCAUCCCCUCUUCUGGAACAACCCCUUUGCUCUUCAAAAUCUCCAACAAUUCCUUCCCUUCUUCUGCCAACCCUACAUUCGCCAAACCCUCGUAAACACCAGCACAAACCCCGGCGUUGGGCUUUAUCCCUCUCUUCUCCACCAUCUCCAACGCGUGCUUCUUUGCCUCCUUCGCCAACUUCACGUCCCCGCUAGCCACCAGGCCCCUGAUUAAUACACUGUAUGUAUAGGCAUUAGGCAGCACCCCAGAACCCAACAUUUGCAUAAACACCUUCAAGCCCUGCUUCGCCUGCCCGGCGUUGACAUAAGCCUCCAUCACAGCCGUGUGAGCCACCACUUCCGGCAUCUGCCCCUUGUCCUUAAUCUGCGAAAACAGUUCCAGCGCCUCGUGGGUCAAACCAUCCUUAGACAAUCCAUCGAACAUCUUAGCCGCACUGUCCAUCAUCCCAUCACCACGCAUCCUGUGGAACACUUCUUGCAAGUUCGUCGGAUCCUCGGGUUCCUCGAUGACGGGUUUCUUGCUAAAUGGAUCAUAUGGUGGGGGUAGGUUAGACUUAUCAACACGAUUUUGAGGUUUAGAUUCCGAGUCGGAGUCAGAAUCGAACUCUGAAUCGGACAUUGAGAAAUUCACUAAAGUAUUGCGCUUUCGAGGUUUAGCCGUAGAAUUACCCGUAGUUUCUGAAUGGGCGGCGGCUGCGGCGGCGGAGGAGGAGGAGGAGGAGGAAGUGCAAAAUGGCAUUCCAAAUGGCGGAUUUAAGCGAGAGAAUCGGAAUGGGGAUUCAG